UAUAUGAGAGGUUCCGCGCAACCAUCUUUGACAAUUACCUGACGCUGCUGUGCCGAAUUACAGGCAAAGUUGUUUUGAUUUGUGCACACACCUGGUGGCAGACCGGAAGAUGUGACGAGUUCUCGGUGAUUUCAUUCUACCCACGAAUCCAAAAACGUAAACAAUACCAAAGAAUCGAUGAGAGUAGAACGGUCAAGAUGGUGCUAGAAGCAAUCAGCUUGGGAUUUGCGUUUGUUAUGAGCGGCGCCGUGCUGUUCCUGCUGGUCUACUUUAUAUUAACAUUGUCCGAUUUGGAGAGCGAUUAUCUGAACGCUCACGAGUGCUGCUCGAACCUGAACUUUUGGGUAGUUCCCCACUUCGGUGUACACUUGGUAGCGACUAUUCUGCUCCUGCUUGGCUGGCAUUGGGUGUUGUUCCUGUUCAACGCCCCAAUGGUGGCCUGGCUGGGCUAUGAACUAUUCCGGCAGCCAUCCGGGAGCUUGGGCGUUUACGAUCCCGCUGAAAUCCACAACCGUGGGAAGAUAAAGGAGCACCUGAAGAACUGCAUGAUACGCAUUGGAUACUACUUAAUCAUGUUUUUUGUGUAUCUUUAUUGUAUUAUAUCGGCGUUACUGAAGGGAGACCCCAUUCGUCGCCACGAAGAAGGAGAGUACGUUUCGCAUUUGUAGGGAGGAAGGUCCCGCGCAUUCUUUCUAUUUAUUGUACUUUUUAAAUGAGUGUAUUUUGUACAUUGUUUGUAGGUAGAAUUUUGAAUUGAAUUAUAUGUAAGGUCCGAGAUUUUUGGGCGUUUGUCGAAUAAUAA